CAGGACAAGGACGCCCCCAAGCGUGCCCUGUCUGCGUACAUGUUCUUCUCUCAGGACCAGCGUGAGCGCACCAAGGCCGAGAACCCGGAAGCCACUUUCGGCGAGAUUGGCCGCAUCCUCGGCGCUACCUGGAAGGAGAUGAGCGACGCCCAGAAGAAGCCUUACAUCGACAUGGCCGAGCGUGACAAGAAGCGCGCCGAGGACGAGAAGGCUGCCUAC